AGUACCGCAGUCAAGCCAAUCGUCAGAGCAGGCUGGAGUUAUCGUUAUCGAAUCUCGGGACAGACAUGCCAGUCAAAAAAGUGUGUAAAUAAAACAAAGAAGAGAAUAUAAGUAGGGAAAGGGGUGAUAGAUCGGCAACAGGCGCAAGAGUACUAACUGCUCUACCCACUUCCCCAUAACACACACCCCGUUCGGGAGCUGAUCGCUUCGAGGAGCGGACGCAGUGCGGCGGGAGCCCACGAGCAACUAGUGUCCAGGUACAAAGCAGUGUCCAGUGUCGCGCUUGCCAUUGCCAUAGCUCUAUGGUGUCCACAGCAACAUGAACCUGGAAUCUCUGUUCCGCGACUUCAAUCCCUGCAAAUUCAUCGUCCACUGCAGCCUGUUCACCUUUGUCACGCUCUUCGCCUUGCGCCUGGACAACUUUAUAGAUUGGCCCUACUGGGCGAUUUUCACACCGCUGUGGAUAUGGAAAUGUACCGCCAUCCUGGGCGCAAUCGUGGGCGCCAUUGUGUGGUGUCGGUAUCCCCAUUAUCGGCUAGAGGGCGACGCCUACACGCAGUUCAAGGCGAUGCUCAUCUCGCUGGCCCUGCACCUGAUCCUGCUGAUGUUUGAGCUGCUGGCCUGCGACAAGCUGACCUCGGACCGUCACCUGUGGGUGCUGGUCUUUAUUCCGCUGAUCUUCGGCUCGGUGGUGAGUGUGGGCGCCUGUGUGUGGGCCGUCAAGCACGAUCGCUCUUUCGAGCUGGAGCUUUUCCUGGCGGUCAACGCGCUUCAGUUUGUCUCACUGCCCCUGAAGCUGGAUCGCUUUGUCUACUGGAACUGGGACGUGGUGUUCGUGCCCAUGUGGAUCGUCAUAUGCCUGAGUCUGGUCAGCGUGUUGUACAACAUCAUAUUCUGUGGCAUCAUGAUGCGUACGCCAGAGGUCUCGCUACAGCAGAAGAAGGCGGCAUUAAACGCAGCGGUGGGCAACAUCUGCACGGUGCUCCCACUGCUCUGCUUUCAGGUGGUCAUCUGCGACAAGCUGGACGGCGAGCUGAAGUUCCCGUACAUCGUCGCCUUUUCGCCUCUGCUCGUAUCCAUUAUGUCGCUAAUCAUUCUCAGCUUCACGGCAAAGGGUGGCAACAUGUGGUGGUUCGGCAUCCGCAAGUCCUUCAGCCAGUUCCUGCUGUCCGCGAUGCCGUUCCUGCAGGAAUACGGCAACAUCAGCUACCACCCGGAAACCCACAGCAAUGUCGCACAGUCCAUGCCGCUGGACGCAGCGUCGUCGUCGACUAGCAUGGCGGCCAGCGAGCAGCUGCACGAGUUCGGCAAGCACGACAAGAAGGGCAAGAAGGGGGCCAAGAAUGACAUCCUCAAGCCAGUAGUUCCGUUCGUCAGCAUUGACCUGCCGGACUAGAUAUAGACAGCCAGCACAGCACAGGAGCAACAGUAACAGCAACAUCAACAAUAAAACGCAAGAACCACGUAGACAUAAGGAUAGCCUCUCCACACGCGCACACGGAGACGCCGCACACCUUUGUUCAGGUGUUUAUGCUAAGCAUUGCAUACCCAAACACACUUACACUCACCCUCACACAUCGGCCGUAGCUUUUAGACUCGUACUGAAUUUUAAUUGUAAGCCAAACGCUAAUACCGCCCACGAACCAUGCCCCCAACCACGCCCAUCGUCCCCACCAUAUAAUAGCUGUACAUAUAUACAGGUCCUAGCCACACACUUUUGUUUGGGCUGCUGCACCUGACCCAAACCCGAAUCGGUCUCCAACUUGACCACUGUUUGCCCACACAAUUUGAACACAGCCGCCUUUCGGAACUUUGACUCUUGACCGUAUAUAUGUGCUAGUAUUAUGUGUUGCAUCUGUCACACCUUGAGAAACCAUUUAUGUGUAAUGCCCUACUAUAAAUUGUAAAUAAUUAACAAAGUACGUGAAAACGAGAAAUAUACUUAAGUGCUUCCAAAAUGAAAA